AUGACAUCGAUUAAAGAAGAUUCUAUUGAUGAGAAGAUAAACCCACAACUUAAACAAGAAACACUGCAAGCAGAGGAGCUGUCGCAGGCACAAUCAAAGCCUGAAGAAACACAGGCAACAUCUUCUCCAAGCAGCAAGAACAAUAGUUCCGCCACCGAAGCCACCACCUCUACAAAUACGUCAAAGGCAUUACGCAAACUACCCCCACUUGCCAGUCUUCAAACCGUCUAUCGUAGUGACUAUCAACCAUUCACCACGUUUUUACCGUACGAGCCAGCAUAUAGAGAGCAACAACCCAAUAGUAAUUCACCUACAGGUGUAAACGCUGUAACGACGACAAAUAUUGCUGCUAGUGCCGUAUCACGUUUAGAAUCGGGAGAUUUUGAGUCAGCAUCCACAGAGGCAAAAUCCGAACCAAUUGAGUGGAGUGGCAACACUACCAAUGCUAAUGAUACCGAACUGAGGACACAAGACUCCAAGGUUGAUAAUUCCCGACAGUCGCUGGAAGGAGAAGAAUCUCUUCAUCAGCAACAACAGCAGCAGCAGCAGCAGAUGUAUCCUCGCUUGACCAAAGCCCAACCGAGCUCAUUUUUAUUACCCAAAGACCGACAAAAACCAUUCAAAUGCACGUUUGAAUCCUGUAAAUGGACAUUUGCACGUCAAUCCGAUCUAACCCGACACUUCAAAUCACACAUGGCGCCACAAUACCAUUGCCCUUAUUGGAAAAAUGAUCCAACCUGUCAUAAAAAUGGCGGCGCUUUUAAUCGAUUAGAUGUUUUAAAACGACAUUUGAAAUUGGUACAUUUUGUAAGAGAUAAGCGAUUACCCAUUGGUGAGGGAAACGGCGUCAGUGGAAAUGGAGAAGGAGGAGGAGCUAGUGGUGUAAAUGCUACAAGCUCAUUGAUUAAGAGUGUUGAUGAACCAGGGUGGUGUCGAUCUUGUCAACGCAUGUUCCCUAAUGCCAAGGCAUUUAUAGACCAUUGUUAUGAAUGUGCGUCACAAACACAACCAACAGAAUGGCGAUCUCAAAAAGGCUCGAGUGGCAGGACUGGUGGCGGCAGUGGUGGUGGUGAUGGUGAUGAAUUAUUAUCAAGCGCUGAUCUACACCAGACUAAAUUUAGAGUACUUUUAGGUCCACCACAAGCAAAGAAGCAGAAAAUUACGCCCACAGCAACCACAACAACGGGUACAUGA